CAUUGGCUGACAAAGUAAAAGAGGAAGGAAUGGGAUCGUACCAUCAGUGUAAUUAAAUAAAGGAGUUCUCGUCGCACGAACCCACUGUAUUCUGAAGAAAAUAGUUAACCAGUUGGUGUCUGUCCCUGACAGCUGAAAAUGGUAAAUCAGCUCUUCAUCUGUGGUGCUCUCUUUCUUGCCAGUUUUCAUGGGAUUCAUUCUCUUAAAAUCUGUUCCUUUAAUGUGAGAACAUUUGGAAAAUCAAAAGCAGCCAAGGAGGGAAUUCUGGAUGUACUUGUGAAGAUAAUCUCUCGUUGUGAUCUUUUGUUGAUGAUGGAAAUCAAGGAUUCAAGUAACCAAGCCUUUCCUGCACUCAUGAGAAGACUGAACAAUCACGGCAACAGAAAUGAAUAUACAUAUAUCAUCAGUGAACGUUUGGGAAUGAAUACCUACAAAGAACAGUAUGCUUUUAUUUACAGAAGUAAACUAUUAUCAGUGAAAAGAAGUUAUCAAUACCCGAAUUCCCUACCAGACAAUGAGGAUGUUUUUGCAAGAGAACCAUUUGUGGUUUGGUUUUCAUCACGCCAUACCUCUGUGAAAGACUUUGUCAUUAUUCCUCUACACUCAAUGCCCGAUUCCUCCGCCUGUGAAAUUGACGCAUUAUACGAUGUUUACACGGCAAUGAGACGACACUGGAAGGCAAAGUACUUCAUACUUAUGGGAGACUUCAAUGCAGAUUGUGGCUACGUCCGGAGGAAGGACUGGAAAAAUAUCAGACUGCGAAAUGAUACCAAUUUUGUUUGGCUAAUCGGAGAUGACAUUGAUACAACAGUAAAGGAAAGCACCCACUGUGCAUAUGACAGGAUUGUAAUUCGUGGUGGAAAGUUAUUAAAGGCAGUCGUUCCAAAUUCGGCCAAAAUAUUUAAUUUCAAGGAAGCUUAUGGCAUGACUGAAAGACAGGCCCUGAAUGUGAGCGACCACUUUCCUGUGGAAGUUGAUCUGCAGGAGUCCUAUGGCUUUUAUAGCUGGUUGAAGUCUCUCAAAGGUCUGAAAGGGUAGAAAAUGACUCACAUAAUGCCUCCUUCAAUUCUCUGUGGAAUGAGAGCAUAUUGCUUCUAUUAUCAGUUUUAAGCUUUGCAGUAAUUCAUUAUUUGCUUUACCACUAAGUUACGUUAUGAGCUCCAGACUUUAUUACAAGUACUAUAUGAAAUCUGUACAACUCAAAAGGGCCAUUCAGAGCUGAUGCCAGGGGAACCAUUUCUUUCCAAUCAACACAUUCAUUGUCUCAAAGAUUGAUUUCUUGGGUAAACAUUUGGCUCUUGUGUUUCUAACAUCAGAACAGGGACAAUAUAUUAAAAAUGCUUUACUGACUGGAAAGGUUUUUUUUAAUGGGCCUUGGGGUGGGGGUUGCAUCCUGAGGUCUGAAAGGCGUUAUUUAAGUACCAGCCUUCCUGUUUUCAAACAUUCCCUCAUUGCUCCAGAUAAACUUUAAGACUCAAAUGUCAUGCAAAGUCUUAGAAAAUGCCCAUUCCUUGAUCAAUUUCACUAACUAUACCCUAGCAACAGGGGUUUACAAAAUUCUCAUCAAGAUCUUUAUUACUUCAUAGUUUCAAUCUAUUUUAUCUAACUCAUCCUUUGUGGUGAUAUGUCCCAGCAUUGACCUCUUAGAGCUCCAGAUCCACAUCCUCUGAUCACUCCCCGCAUUAGCAGAAGCCUGUCUUUCAGUUACUGCAUCCCCAAUUCUAAUGGAGCAGGAUUCAGGCAUUGACAUGCGUUGGAGCUCAGCAGGGAGAACAGUAAGCAAUUUUAACUCUCCUACCUCAUUUGUAUGCCAACAAUUAACCACUAACCUGGAACAGAUGGGAAGCAAUAUCAAACCAGAGGAAAUCCGGACAAAAUGGAAGAAUUUUCUGUAGCGUCAUCUAAACGCUUAAGUUAGCAUUGGCAAGUUCACAGGACAGGAUGUCAAUUUUAACUAAUACUCAAAGGAAACUCUGUGGUUAAGUGACAUGGCAAGGACCAUGUUCAGUGACAGGAGAGGAAUUCUAUAUUAGGCUUAAUAUCAAAUAUUUCUAUUCUAACUUGCUGCUUGUAAGUUAAUGCAACAUGUCCUGUUUCAGAGAGAAAUGGCUGUUAAAAAUAUAUAUAAUUAUGAAUUAUUGGACAUUGACAGUGGUCUAUUAAAAUCAAAAGAGUUGAACAAUGCUGUUAAUAAUUUGUCAACACAAGCUGCUAAAAUCCUACAUUAGCUGUGGCAGCAGUGCUUCAUCAUAACGUACAUUAGAUGCUUUCUAAUAUAAAUCAAUUAAAUAAAAUAAAUCAACUACAAAAUAAAUCAAUAUCAUUACCUGCUAUGGAUAGAAUUUUAUAUGACUAUUAAAAGGGAAUAAACCUUCAUUUCAUUUUGUUCACCACACAGAACAGGAACAGAACGGAAAUGGAAGCAAGCAUUUUUAAUUAAAAAAAGAUGAACACACACUGAUGCACAUUGGUAAUCUGCUGCUCUGGCAGCAUAGGGUUCUGUGUCUGGAAUAAUCGGUUGAAAUCCCAAAUCAUAUUUCAUGAAUUUUAUUCUAUGUGUAUGUAUCAAAGGAAGAUUCUGGUCAUGAGUAAGAAAUAGAACAACAGAAGGAGAUUUACUAAGACAGAAGACUUGGGGCAUUCACUAUUAUUGAUGGGGUAAGAUGUUGAAGAGCAGAGAUAAAAAAAAUAAUUAAACAAUAGUGGCAACUAGAUAUGAAAGAAAAAUAAUAGGAAUCCAACCAAAGUCAAAGACCAUCACUAUCACACAUUAUCCUUCCUGUCUCUGUGAAAUCCUUCCUGUUCUCUGGUUAAGCUUUAAUGCAGACAACAGAAUUGCUUUCUUCUAAUUCCAUCAUCUGUUGCACAGCCUUGUGUGACUGUCCCCAUGUUGACUCCUUCAAACAUGUCAAAAGCAUCAUCAGAAUUGGAUUUUUGUCCAGACCCCCUCAAAGCUGACUCUAUAGAUUCCCCAAGGA